AGUUCUUUUGCCAUGAAAAUGAUUUGUGCAGUCUUGAACACAUACUAUCCAUGCUGAUGGGACAGGAUCCAAUAUGAAUAUAAAUGAUGGAGGAAGACGACGCUUUGAGGAUAAUGAACAUAUAUUGCGUAUAUAUCCUGGGACAAUUUCAGAAGGGACAAUCUACUGUCCAAUUCCUGCCAGAAAAAACUCCACGGCUGCUGAGGUGAUUGACUCUCUUAUAAACAGACUUCAUCUUGACAAAACAAAAUGUUAUGUUCUAGCAGAGGUAAAAGAAUUUGGUGGAGAAGAAUGGAUACUCAAUCCAACAGACUGUCCAGUUCAGCGAAUGAUGUUGUGGCCCCGAAUGGCUCUGGAAAAUCGCCUGAGUGGAGAGGACUACCGUUUUCUUCUGAGAGAAAAAAACCUUGAUGGAUCAAUCCAUUAUGGUAGUCUUCAGUCAUGGCUACGGGUAACAGAAGAACGUCGCAGGAUGAUGGAACGGGGUUUUCUUCCACAGCCUCAACAAAAAGACUUCGAUGAUUUAUGUAGCUUACCUGAUUUGAAUGAGAAAACUCUCUUAGAAAACCUACGAAAUCGCUUUAAGCAUGAAAAAAUUUACACCUAUGUUGGCAGUAUUCUAAUAGCUAUUAACCCAUUCAAGUUUCUUCCUAUUUAUAACCCCAAAUAUGUCAAAAUGUAUGAUAACCACCAGUUGGGAAAACUUGAGCCUCACAUUUAUGCUGUGGCUGAUGUAGCUUAUCAUGCCAUGCUUCAGCGCAAAAGGAAUCAGUGCAUCGUGAUUUCAGGAGAGAGUGGUUCUGGGAAGACUCAAAGCACAAACUUUCUUAUUCAUCACCUUACUGCGCUCAGUCAGAAAGGAUUUGCCAGUGGAGUGGAACAAAUUAUUCUUGGAGCUGGACCAGUACUUGAGGCCUUUGGAAAUGCGAAGACAGCUCAUAAUAACAAUUCAAGUCGUUUUGGCAAGUUUAUUCAAGUAAAUUACCAAGAAACAGGCACUGUACUUGGUGCCUAUGUUGAAAAGUAUCUACUGGAGAAGUCCAGACUCGUUUAUCAAGAGCAUAAUGAACGGAACUAUCAUGUAUUUUAUUACCUCCUGGCAGGAGCAAGUGAAGAAGAGAGAUUAGCAUUCCAUCUUAAACAACCGGAAGAAUAUCAUUAUCUCAAUCAGAUAACUAAGAAGCCCCUCAGACAGAGCUGGGAUGAUUAUUGCUAUGACACUGAGCCGGAUUGCUUCACAGUGGAGGGGGAAGAUUUGAGGCAUGACUUUGAACGCUUACAACUAGCCAUGGAAAUGGUAGGAUUUCUUCCCAAGACACGAAGACAGAUUUUCUCUCUUCUCUCAGCAAUACUACAUUUGGGUAAUAUCUGUUAUAAAAAGAAGACAUACCGGGAUGACUCCAUAGAUAUAUGUAAUCCUGAAGUUCUGCCUGUUGUCUCAGAAUUAUUAGAAGUUAAAGAAGAGAUGCUAUUUGAAGCACUAGUUACAAGGAAGACCGUGACAGUGGGAGAAAAGCUUAUUUUACCAUACAAACUGGCAGAGGCUGUGACAGUGAGGAACUCCAUGGCUAAGUCUUUAUAUAGUGCCCUGUUUGACUGGAUAGUUUUUCGGAUUAAUCAUGCACUUAUGAAUAGUAAAGAUUUGGAGCAAAAUACCAAGACUUUGUCCAUUGGUGUUCUUGAUAUUUUUGGGUUUGAAGAUUAUGAAAAUAACAGCUUUGAACAGUUCUGUAUUAAUUUUGCUAAUGAACGCUUACAACACUACUUUAAUCAGCAUAUCUUUAAAUUGGAGCAGGAGGAAUAUAGAGCUGAAGGUAUCAGCUGGCACAAUAUAGAUUAUAUUGAUAAUACCUGUUGCAUAAAUCUUAUUAGCAAGAAACCAACAGGCCUGCUCCAUCUUUUGGAUGAAGAAAGCAACUUUCCACAGGCUACAAAUCAAACACUGCUGGACAAAUUUAAGCAUCAACAUGAAGAGAAUUCUUACAUUGAAUUUCCAGCUGUGAUGGAGCCUGCUUUUAUCAUAAAGCAUUAUGCCGGGAAAGUGAAAUACGGGAUAAAGGAUUUCCGGGAAAAAAAUACAGAUCAUAUGCGCCCUGACAUUGUAGCUCUUCUGCGAAGUAGCAAGAAUGCAUUUAUCUCUGGGAUGAUUGGAAUUGAUCCAGUAGCUGUUUUCCGUUGGGCAGUUCUCCGAGCUUUUUUCAGAGCUGUUAUUGCUUUCAGGGAAGCUGGGAAAAGACACAUUCAGAGAAAAACUGGACAUGAUGAAACAGCGCCAUGUGCAGUUUUGAAAAGUAUGGACAGUAUUAGCUUUCUCCAACACCCAGUCCACCAGAGGAGCUUAGAGAUUCUGCAGAGGUGCAAGGAAGAGAAGUACAGUAUAACUCGGAAAAAUCCCAGAACACCUCUUUCUGAUCUCCAGGGAAUGAAUACUCUAAAUGAAAAAAACCAACAUGAAACAUUUGAUUUUGCCUGGAAUGGCAGAACUGGGAUUCGCCAGAGCAGACUAUCCAGUAACACCUCCUUGCUUGAUAAAGAUGGGAUAUUCGCUAAUUCAGCUAGCAGCAAACUCUUGGAGAGAGCCCAUGGAAUUCUCACGAGAAACAAAAAUUUCAAAUCCAAGCCUGGCCUUCCAAAGCACUUGCUAGAAGUAAAGUCUUUAAAGCACCUGACAAGACUGACCCUACAGGAUCGCAUUACCAAGUCUCUUCUUCAUUUGCACAAGAAGAAGAAACCUCCCAGCAUCAGUGCCCAGUUUCAGGCCUCAUUAAGCAAGCUGAUGGAAACACUUGGUCAUGCAGAACCAUAUUUUGUAAAAUGCAUUCGCUCUAAUGCUGAAAAGUUGCCCUUAAGGUUCAGUGAUGCCUUGGUACUUAGACAGCUUCGGUACACUGGGAUGCUGGAGACAGUUCGAAUUCGCCAAUCAGGAUACAGCUGCAAAUAUUCUUUCCAGGAUUUUGUGAGCCAUUUCCAUGUACUUCUUCCCCGAAAUAUUAUUCCAUCCAAAUUUAACAUUCAGGAUUUCUUCAGGAAAAUAAAUCUUAAUCCAGAUAAUUAUCAAGUUGGAAAAUCCAUGGUGUUCCUAAAGGAGCAGGAACGACAACACCUACAAGAUCUGCUUCAUCAAGAGGUGCUCCGCAGAAUCAUAUUGUUGCAGCGAUGGUUCAGGGUCUUGCUGUGUAGACAGCAUUUCCUCCAUCUGAGACAGGCAUCCGUUAUCAUCCAGCGAUUCUGGAGGAAUUACCUAAAUCAGAAGCAGGUCAGAGAUGCAGCUGUGCAGCAGGAUGCUUUAGUUAUGGCUAGUGCAGCCACUCUUCUUCAAGCUUCCUGGCGUGCUCACUUAGAGAGGCAGCGGUAUUUGGAGCUCCGGACUGCAGCCAUCGUCAUCCAGCAGAAAUGGAGGGAGCACUAUAGGCGGAGGCACAUGGCUGCUAUCUGCAUACAGGCGAGAUGGAAAGGCUACAGGGAAAGUAAGAGGUAUCAAGAACAAAGGAACAAAGUUAUCCUUUUGCAAUCACUAUGUAGAGGAUUCAGAGCAAGACAAAGAUUUAAAGCUUUAAAAGAACAAAGACUAAAAAAAACAAAACUAAAACUUGGAUUGGCAAAUAUCAAGCCAUAUGGAACUCUGGAAGUUCACGGUUCAGACCCUUCAGAAUGGGAGGAUUGUUCAUUUGACAACAGAGUAAAAGCCAUAGAGGAAUGUAAAUCUGUGAUAGAGAGUAAUCGAAUUAGUCAUGAAAGUUCAAAGGACUGCUUGAACGAGUCCCCAAACAAGCGACAGGAGAGAGCCAGAAGUCAAAGUGGUAUGGACUUGCAGGCAGAUGUGACUGUAAGAGAGAGACCCAAAUCCUUGGAAGAUCUCCACCAGAAAAAAGUGGGCCGGGCCAAAAGAGAAAGUCGGAGAAUGAGAGAACUAGAGCAAGCUAUAUUUAGUUUAGAAUUGCUGAAAGUCCGUUCUCUUGGUGGUGUGUCUCCUUCAGAAGAACGUAGGUGGUCUACAGAACUGAUGCCUGCGGGCCUUCAGUCUUUACAGGGUACACCGGAUAGUGAAAGCUCUCAAGGAAGCUUGGAACUUCUGAGCUGUGAGGAAAGCCAAAAGAGCAAACUAGAGCCCAUAAUUCUAGAUGAAGGAGAUGUGCCAUUCCUGUCACCUAAGAUAUCUAGCAGUCCAAAUUUUGAUUCACAGGACAAUGCCCUCAGUACCUCAAGUGAGACUAACUAUACAUUGAUUCAAAAGAGGGCACCUGCUGACUCAGUGCAUUUAAAGAAUGGGACUAUGAAGGAAAAACUGGUUUGCAGUUCUGAAUCUAUUACCUGUAAACCACAGCUGAGAGACUCCUUUAUUUCAAAUAGUCUGCCUACAUUUUUUUAUAUUCCCCAACAAGACCCACUGAAAACAAGUUCUCAGCUAGAUACAAGUGUCCAGAGAAACAAACUAUUGGAAAGUGAAGAAACACUUCCAUCUCUUACUUUGGAUAUCAACAGGGAAGCCAGAAAGUACCACUUCCCAGGGGAAAAUCAAGUUGUUGCUUCUUUGAAUACAGCUUCUUCCAAUAUUGUGCUUAAGAAGUUAGAAAAGCUAAACACUGAGAAGGAAGAAAGGCAAAAGCAAUUGCAGCAGCAGAAUGAAAAAGAGAUGAUGGAACAGAUUCGCCAGCAAACAGAUAUUUUAGAAAAGGAGCGUAAAGCCUUUAAGACAAUUGAAAAGCCAAGAACUGGGGAGACUUUUCUGGUACCAUCUUUCCAUCAGUCAAAGCAAAGAAUAGAGAGGCCAUCCUCUCUCCUCAUCCUGAAUACCCCAAAUAAGGACGAACCCAGUGUAGCUGGGACUCCAUCAGUAACUGUAAAAGAUGCUGCUCUUGCCCCAAAAGACAGUCUCUCUGCUCACUUACCCUUGAAGGACCGACCUGUCACUCUGUUCUUUGAAAGAAAAGGAGGCCCAUGCCAAUCUAGUGCUGUUAAGGAAUUAUCCAAGACAGACAGAAUGUCCACCCAACUGAAUGUAGCCUGUAAACUCUCUAAUAAUCGCAUUUCAAAAAGAGAACACCUUAGGCCAACUCAGCCUUGUAGCUACAAAUCUGAUGACCCUUUCAGAGAUGGAACUACUAGGGCCAUUUUCUUCACGCCAAAGGAAAAUAUGAGUAGUUCCCUUGUCACCAAGGAAGCCUUAAACAGUGGAAAUCCUCAACUCCAUAAACAAGAUGAACCAGCUUGGAAACCUGUGAAGUUAACUGGGCCGGGCCAAAGAGAGACAUCACAGCGUUUUUCCUCAGUUGAUGAAGAAGCAAAGCUUCAUAAGACCAUGUCUCAAGGAGAGAUUACGAAGUUGGCAGUGAGACAGAAGGCUUCAGAUUCAGAUAUAAGACCUCAGAGAGCUAAGAUGAGAUUCUGGGCCAAAGGGAAACAAGGGGAGAAGAAGACUAUCAGAGUGAAACCUGCUACCCAUUCGGAGGUUUCAGCACUCUUUAGAUGGACAUAGGGUGGAGAUUGUCUUCAUAAUUUCUGUUUACUCUUUCUGAAAGUUUACUAUCCCUCUAAAUUAUCUCAGAAUCAGCCAACACCUCCAUUGAGUCCAGAAUUGCCUGGGAGUUGCCGAAAGGAGUUCAAAGAGAACAAAGAGCCUUCUCCAAAGGCAAGGCGUAAGCGAAAUGUGAAGAUCAGCAGCGUGGCUUUGGAGUCUAUGCAUUGGCAAAAUGACUCUGUCCAGAUCAUAGCAAGUACCAGUGAUUUAAAAAGCAUGGAUGAAUUUCUUCUGAAAAAGAUGAAUGACCUAGAUAAUGAAGACAGCAAGAAAGACACACUAGUCGAUGUUGUAUUUAAAAAAGCUCUGAAAGAAUUUCGGCAGAAUAUCUUCAGCUUUUAUUCAUCUGCAUUGGCGAUAGAUGAUGGGAAAAGCAUACGGUAUAAAGACCUCUACGCACUAUUUGAACAGAUUUUGGAAAAGACCAUGAGGCUUGAGCAGCGUGAUUGGAGUGAAUCUCCAGUCAGAGUUUGGGUCAACACUUUUAAAGUGUUUUUAGAUGAAUAUAUGAAUGAAUUCAAGACUCUGGAAUAUAUACCCACAAAGGUGCCAAAAACAGAGAGAAAGAAAAGAAGGAAAAAAGAAACUGAUUUAGUAGAAGAGCACAAUGGUCACAUCUUUAAAGCCACCCAGUAUAGCAUCCCUACAUACUGUGAGUACUGUUCUUCUUUGAUAUGGAUAAUGGACCGAGCCUCUGUUUGCAAAUUAUGCAAGUAUGCUUGUCAUAAGAGGUGUUGUCUGAAAACCACAGCCAAGUGCUCUAAAAAGUAUGAUCCAGAGCUAUCAUCUCGACAGUUUGGGGUUGAAUUAUCCCGUUUGACCAGUGAAGACCGAACUGUUCCUUUGGUGGUGGAAAAACUCAUAAACUACAUUGAAAUGCAUGGAUUAUACACAGAAGGUAUUUACCGAAAGUCUGGUUCAACUAAUAAAAUCAAGGAGCUUCGACAAGGUCUAGAUACAGAUGCUGAGAAUGUAAACCUAGAUGACUAUAACAUACACGUCAUUGCAAGUGUAUUCAAACAAUGGCUUCGUGAUUUGCCCAAUCCACUCAUGACCUUUGAACUCUAUGAGGAAUUUCUUCGAGCUAUGGGCCUUCAGGAGAGGAAAGAGACAAUCCGUGGUGUAUACUCUGUGAUUGACCAGCUCUCCCGAACUCAUCUCAAUACACUGGAACGCCUCAUCUUUCAUCUAGUCAGGAUUGCUCUACAGGAAGACACUAAUCGAAUGUCUGCAAAUGCUUUGGCCAUUGUAUUUGCACCCUGCAUUCUCCGCUGCCCUGACACCAUCGACCCACUACAAAGUGUGCAGGACAUCAGUAAGACUACCACCUGUGUGGAGCUGAUUGUUGUGGAACAAAUGAAUAAAUAUAAGGCUCGUCUCAAAGACAUCAGUAGCCUGGAAUUUGCUGAGAAUAAGGCAAAGACCAGGCUGUCACUGAUUCGUAGAUCAAUGGGAAAGGGGCGUCUUCGUCGAGGAAACUAUCCAUGCCCGUCCUCUCCUGUUGUAGUUCGGUUGCCCUCCAUGUCUGAUGUCCCAGAAGAGACCUUGACUAGUGAGGCAGCGCUGGAGGCUGACAUCACAGAACAGCAGCAAGCAGCUAUGCAGCAGGAGGAGAGAGUCCUGACUGAGCAGAUUGAGAACCUGCAGAAAGAAAAGGAAGAGCUAACUUUUGAGAUGCUUGUACUGGAACCCCGUGCCUCUGAUGAUGAAACCCUUGAGUCUGAGGCCUCCAUAGGGACUGCUGAUAGCUCUGAAAAUUUGAAUAUCGAGUCUGAAGGUGCCAUCGCUGAGAAAUCAGAGAGAAGCUUAGCCCUUAUCUCCCUGAAGACAGCUGGCAAGUCUGAACCUUCAGGCAAGUUGCGGAAGCAGCUAAAAAAGCAGCAAGACUCACUGGAUUCAGUGGACUCUUCAGUCUCUUCUUUAUGUUCGUCUAGCACUGCAUCUUCUCAUGGGACCAGAAGACGAUUUCAAAUUUAUUCCAAAUCUCCAUUCUACCGAGCUUCCUCAGCUGGCGAGGCCCUGGGAAUGGAAGGGCCAUUGGGCCAGACCAGGUACCUAGAAGACAAGCCUCAAUUCAUCAGCAGAGGAACCUUCAACCCUGAAAAGGGCAAACAAAAAUUAAAGAAUGUGAAAAACUCACCUCAGAAAACCAAAGAGACCCCAGAGGGGACAGUUGUGUCUGGCCGCAGGAAAACUGUGGACCCAGACUGCAGCUCUACCCAACAGCUAGCUCUCUUUGGAAAUAAUGAGUUUAUGGUCUGAACUGGCAGAUGUGUUGUCCCUUCAUGGCUACAUCUCAUCUUUGGGGCCUCAUCACCUGGUCCACAAUAUUCAUCCUAAUUGUGGUCCUGCCUCUCGCCCAAGCAUACAGCCAAGACCUUGUGUGCUGAAUUCCUGGUCCUCCUGCCGAAGCGGAAAGCCCUCUUUGAAGCCUGCUAGGGAUGGUGCCAGUUGUGCCUUGGCUGCUGUAUUUGACUAGAGAUUUGACUAAACCAAGCAACCAGGGCCUGGGGAUUUGGGUCAGUUGUGGAGGUCUUUGUAGUUGCCUCUCCUCCCUCCUCUUUUCCCUUCCCAGAGGUGAGUGUGGAACUGGGGGGACAUUGUGGGCUGGAGGGACCCACUGAUUUCUGACAUUUGAAGAAAACAUAUAAAUCUUUCUUAACCAUGAAAGUGAAAUCCUUUGGGUUUAUUUUGGGAUAGUUAGGAGCUGGGGUAGAAUAUAAUUUUUUUCCAAGGAUUUAUAAACAAAAAGCCUAAGCCCUCUAUUUUAAGAUUUUGGAAAAACACUCCAUGUUACAGGGAAAG